AACGUGUACACUUGCCAACACUUCCGACCAGAUAAUCAGGCUGUGCUUCUCGGCAGUGCAGACUUCGAUCACGUGAACUGCGCCUGUGUCGGUGACCUUGACUUUGACGGAAGGCCGGAGAUUGUUAUUGGUACCUUUGGCAAACAGCUGCUGCUCUAUCGGUGGGUCGACGAAAAAGCAUCCGAUCCGGCGGCGGCGACUGACAAAGUCUUGCCUCGGGGUCAUUAUGAAUGUGUCUCUAGAAGGACUGUGGCCGGUCAAGUGCAUAGCCUCCUCUACGGCUACGACUUCCUGGGUGACGGUUGCCUCUGCCUAGCUGUCCUUACAUCACAGGGCCUCCAGGUACUCCAGUGCAAAUCAGAAACUGUGAUGGACCUCCUAGAACGGCGCCUGGAUUGUCUCUUCACUGAAUCCAAAUCAUAA